AUGUUGCGACUCGGAGCCGUGCGCUGUGCAUGUCGCCCUCUGGUCCGUGCAUACGCAACGCCAGCUUCGCCGCAUGCCCUUGUUUUGCUUGAGCAUCGUGCAGGCGUCCUAGAUUCGGGCUCUCUAUCUGCCCUCACCGCCGCGACCCACUUGGGUGGUCAAGUUACUGGUCUCAUCAUAUCGGGUCCAGAAGGAGCGUCCGUGGUGGACAAGGCAAAAAAACUCAAAGGUCUGACAGGGCUGCUGCACUCGACAUCCGAGCUCUAUUCAGCACCAGUACCAGAGGCAGUCUCGCCUCUUCUCACCGCAGUCCUAGGAAGCACACCAUACACUCAUGUCGUCUCAGCAACGUCGUCCUUUGCCAAGUCAUUGCUGCCCCGCGUAGCCGCUCAGCUCGAUGUUCCUGCAGUUUCCGAUAUCACUUCCCUUGAGCACGACGCUGCCUCAAACAACACCACCUUUACCCGUCCCAUCUACGCCGGAAAUGCCAUUGCCACAGUCAAGGCAUCUUCGUCAAUACCCAUCAAGUUCUUUACCGUCAGAGGGACUUCUUUUAUCGCAGCCCCGUCCGACGACAACGCAAGCGUUGACGUCCAAGAAGUGGACCCCAUAGUUGUUUCAGACUCACCCACUGAGCACGUCAAAACCUCCCUGACCAAGUCCGAUCGUCCAGACCUUGGUGUCGCGAGUCGAGUCGUUUCUGGCGGACGUCCUUUGAAGAACGCUGAAACAUUCCAGGCCACGCUUUAUCCGUUAGCUGACGUUUUGGGUGCUGCUGUCGGUGCUUCACGCGCCGCUGUUGAUGCGGGUUACGCAGACAACUCGUUGCAGGUGGGCCAGACAGGCAAGGUUGUCGCGCCGAAGCUUUACAUGGCGUUCGGGAUCUCUGGUGCUAUUCAACACUUGGCCGGAAUGAAGGACUCAAAACUUAUUGUAGCCGUGAACAAAGACCCCGAUGCGCCGAUUUUCCAGGUUGCUGACGUCGGACUUGUGGCCGAUUUGUACGAAGUGAUACCUCAAUUAGUCGAGAAGCUGAAGCAGUAA